GUUGUACAAUGGCUACUAUGUCAAGGUGUUUCAUUAAAUCAACGUGACUGGGAAAAUGGAUAUACCCCAUUGCAUCGUGCCUUGUUUUAUGGGUAUCUUCAUGUUGCUUGUGCUUUGUUAAAGGCUGGUGCAAACUUUAAUGUCCAGGACCACGACUCCCUGACCCCACUUGAUCAUGUCAAUUUUGACCGUCCUCCAUAUGUCACCUUUUCACACUCCCUACCCACACAAAUUUAUGUUUGGGGUAGCAACACAAACUAUAAUUUAGGACAAACCAGACAAAAUGCAAAAGGAAUUCCUGAAUGCUUAGACAUCCUGCAGCGUGAGGGCCAGUCUGUGAUAGAUGUGGCAAUGAAUAAAUUCCACACACUAUUUUUGACAAAAAGUGGUCAUGUAUAUGCAUGUGGCCAUGGCCAUGGUGGAAGGCUUGGAUUAUCUGUCCAUACACCACUAAUGAAGCCUUACAUGAUCAAAUCCUUUGCAACCACGACAAUCAAAAUGGUGUCCGUGGGAGUGGAUCACUCCCUCUUCUUAACAGAGUCUGGACAGGUAGGUAGCAAAUAA